AUGUCGGACCCCUGGGGAACUGGCGACAUGUCCAAUGCGCUUCCUGCCACUCAGGAGGCUGACGCUCUCCCCAUCACUGAGCAGAACACCCAGGCCCAAAAUGGCGAUGCCCAGCCCGAGCCUCCCAAGGGCUACGAUGCUUCGCGUGGUCGCUGGACUGAGCCCCAGGCAUUCGACUACCCGGCUUUGGCCGCUGGUAAUGAUACCCAGGCUUGGGGCUGCAACGCCCGCGCCUACGCCUGGCAGGACGAGUAUGGCGAUGUCGGCCCCCCAUGCCCCGAACUUGAACUCGAGCUUUUCGGCGAGCCUGACACUCGUCACGAACGAACGGGGCUUGAUUUCUCUCGAAUCGACAGUAUCGAGGUCCAGCAAGAGGGGCCAAGCAAAAUCGACCCCAUUGACAGCUUCGCGAAAGGUGGCAUUCAUCCCGCGAUGUUGGAGAACAUCAAGCUCUGCGGGUAUGACAACCCCACUCCCAUCCAGAAGUUCACCAUCCCAUCGAUCCUCACUGGCCAUGACGUUAUCGGAAUCGCUCAGACAGGAUCUGGCAAGACAGCCGCUUACCUGAUCCCCAUUCUGAGCAAGCUCAUGGGCAAGGCUAAGAAGCUGGCUGCCUUUCGCCCAAACCCUCUCACUUACCGUCCUGGUGUUGACGACGUGACCGCCGAGCCUCUCGUGUUGAUCGUCGUUCCUACUCGAGAGCUUGCUCUUCAGAUCUUCAACGAAGCACGAAAGCUCUGCUAUCGCACCAUGCUACGACCCGGUGUCGUAUAUGGCGGUGUGCCUAUCUCCGAGCAGAUUGCUUUGCUUAACAUGGGCUGUGACAUUCUUGUCGGAACCCCUGGACGUCUUAUUGAUUUCAUCCAGCGGCCCCGACACCUGACCCUCCGCCGUCUGCGCCAUAUCGUGAUUGACGAAGCCGAUGAACUGUUGAACGAUGAUUGGGCCGAAGAGCUCAAUCCCAUCCUUUCUGGUGGUGAGCAGGAUGAGGGAAACGUCAAGUUCAGCUUGUUUUCGGCUACCUUCCCGAAGGCUGCCCGUGAUCUUGCCAAGAACUACCUGGCUGCUUCUCAUGUCCGCUUCCGCGUUGGUCGUGCUGGAAGCACUACUGCCAACAUCAAGCAGAUUGUUCUGCAGGCGGAGUCUCACGAGAAGCGAGAGCUUUUGGUCGGCUUGCUUGAGGAAAUGCAUGGUAUUCGCACCAUCAUUUUCGUGAACAGCCGUCAGGCCGCCGACAACCUCGAUGAUUUCCUUUUCAACAUGCAUCUUCCGGUCACUUCCAUGCACAGCGACCGUACCCAGCAGGAGCGCGAAGCCGCUAUGCGUUCUUUCCGAUCGGGUAACGCACCCAUCCUCAUUGCCACUGGAGUCACUGCGCGUGGCAUCGACGUCCAGAACGUCAUGCAUGUCAUCAACUAUGACCUGCCUUCUCUUGAGUAUGGCGGUAUCGAGGAAUACACUCACCGCAUCGGUCGAACUGGUCGUAUCGGACAUCGAGGCGUAGCUACGUCCUUCUUUUCCGAGCGAGAUGAACCCAUUGGCAGCGUCCUCACUCGCACCUUGCUGGAGACUGACCAGGAAAUUCCCGAGUUCUUGCAGCAGUACGUCCCUGAAGGCGAAGCCCGCGCCAACCUCAAGUUCGAGGCUGAUUCGGAUUUCGAUCCGAACGACUAUGCUGGUGCUGGCGAUGCUGGCGGCGAUGCCUGGGGAGGCGGUGAUGGCGAUGGCGAUGGCGAUGGCGCUGAUGUCGGUGCGGGUGGUGCCUGGGGAGGAGGUGGUGGCGACAACGGCAAUGCUGGUGGUGAUGCUUGGGGCCCUCCUGACGACAAACCUCAGGCCGGCGGCUGGAAUGACUCUGCUGCCCCUGCCCCCGUUGUCGCCGAUGCUUGGUAA